AGUCGUAGACUUUUUUGGAACUAGAGAAGUUCACAAUGGUUGAAGAAGACCCUUCAAAAGCAAUCAAGGAGUUCUUCUCCCUCCAAGAAGAAAGGAUCAAGUGUUACAAGCGUCUUGACCAACAUCACUUGGAAUAUCUAGAUACAUCGCCAGACUAUGACUUCCCAGUCUACCGGCAGGCAGUCCACGAAUGCACCCAAGAAUUCUCUAGAAUAUCUCAAUGUAUCAUCGCUGUAGAAGAACGAUUCCAGGGAGAGUUUCAGAAUGCCGAGAUUGCAAGGCUGAUCGGAAAAGUUCAAGAAAAUGAAAAGAGGAAAUUGGAAUUGACAGGGAUGAUGCAGUUGAUUAAACAAAAACAUCAAGAAGAGCCGAAUCCAGAAAGCGAAGAAGACCUUACUCAACUUAAACUCAGGAUAAAUGCGACAGUGUCCCAAAUAGCAGAACUUCUGCAGGACUUGAGGUAUGAGGCGGAGGAUCUAUUGACUUGACCCUAAUUCCCUCCUGACCCAAACAGACCCAGUUUUAUGAGAUGCUACACCAUGAAAAAUUGUCAUCUUUUGGCACCCUGCCUGUAAGAGACGCUACACCGUGCACAAAAGUUGGCAUCUUUUGGCACCUCUCCCGCCUCUUAGAGACACUACACCAUGCACAAAAGUUGUGUGGAACCCUGCCUCUAUGAGAUGUUACACCAUGCAAAAUGGUAGUCAUCUUUGGGCACCUCCCGAUUCUAUGAGAUGCUACAUACCAGGCCAAAAAGUUUUCAUCUUUAGGCACAUCCCACCUCUAAAGACAAUACACUGUGCAAACAAGUUUUCAUCUUUAGGCACCCUGCCACUACGAGAUGCUACACUGUGCAAACAAGUUUUCAUCUUUAGGCACCCUGCCACUACGAGAUGCUACACUGUGCAAACAAGUUUUCAUCUUUUGGCACCCUGCCACCAUGAGAUGCUACACUGUGCAAACAAGUUUUCAUCUUUUGGCAUCUCCCGCUUUUAUGAGAUGCUACACCGUGCAAAACAGUUUUCCUCUUAAGGCACCUUUGCCUGUAUGGGACAUUCACCUUGCACAAAGGUGUCAUCUUUUGGCAUCGCCCGCCUCUAUGAGAUGCUACACUGUGCACUAAAGUUGUGAUCUUUAGGCAUCCUGCCUCAACCCCCAACCGACUCGGUGGAACCCCGCUAGAUCAUGUUUCAAUCAGACUUCCAGGCCUGCAGAAAUCCAGGGAAAGAUUGCCGUGGUGCAUGACCCAAGCGGAACUUGGUCCCCAUAAGCCAAACAAAACAAUCAAAAUAGGGGAAACAAGGGCAUGAGGAAUCUGGGCCCAAUUUUCAUAGCGCUGCUUAACUGCUGAUUUUGUGCUUACUGCACGACGGCUAUUUCAUAGCAC